AUGGCCAAAGUUAGAGAUACAAGUGAAUGUUUUGUCUUUGAUGCUUAUGCCAUCUUCCUUAUUGUGCUGAUAUGCCUUAUCUUCAGUGUGCUUUCUACAAUUGAACAGUAUGCAGCUCUCGCUACAGGGACGUUAUUUUGGAUGGAAAUUGUAUUAGUGGUAUUCUUUGGAACAGAAUAUGUAGUUCGGUUAUGGUCAGCAGGAUGCCGCAGUAAAUAUGUUGGAAUAUGGGGAAGGCUUCGUUUUGCUAGGAAACCUAUUUCAAUCAUCGAUUUAAUUGUAGUUGUUGCUUCCAUGAUAGUUCUUUGCGUGGGCUCUAAAGGUCAAGUCUUUGCAACCUCAGCUAUCAGGGGCAUCCGUUUUCUGCAGAUUUUACGAAUGCUGCAUGUUGACCGUCAGGGUGGUACCUGGAGGCUGCUGGGAUCAGUAGUGUUCAUUCACAGACAAGAACUGAUAACUACACUCUACAUUGGAUUUCUGGGCCUGAUUUUUUCCUCGUAUUUUGUGUACCUGGCUGAAAAAGAUGCGGUGAAUGAUUCUGGAGAAACAGAGUUUGGCAGCUAUGCAGAUGCCUUGUGGUGGGGAGUAGUGACUGUUACAACGAUUGGCUAUGGGGAUAAAGUGCCUCAGACCUGGAUAGGAAAGACCAUUGCAUCUUGUUUCUCAGUAUUCGCCAUUUCGUUUUUUGCACUGCCUGCGGGGAUUCUUGGUUCAGGCUUUGCCCUAAAGGUACAACAGAAACAAAGACAGAAGCAUUUCAACCGUCAAAUUCCAGCUGCUGCCUCUCUCAUACAGACUGCAUGGAGAUGCUAUGCAGCAGAAAACCCAGACUCUUCUACAUGGAAAAUAUACAUUCGAAAAGCUGCCAGAAAUUAUCAUUUGCUGUCACCCAGUCCAAAACCAAAGAAAUCAGUGAUGGUUAAAAAGAAGAAAUUUAAGUUAGACAAGGACAAUGGGCCCUCUUCUCCAGAUAGGAUGUUAACUGUUCCACACAUCACUUAUGACCAUGUGACAGAGGACAGGAAAACUGAUUUCAGUUUUGAAGCAUACGAAAAUUCUGUGAAAAAAAGCCCGACAUUUUUAGAUGUGAACACAGGACCCUUCAUCAGGACCAGCAGCUUUGCCGAUGAGCUUGACCUGGAGGGUGAGACACUGUUGACCCCAAUAACUCACAUCUCACAGCUGCGAGAACACCACCGUGCUGCAAUUAAGGUGAUUCGUAGGAUGCAGUAUUUUGUGGCUAAGAAAAAGUUUCAGCAAGCUAGAAAGCCCUAUGAUGUCCGAGAUGUUAUUGAGCAGUAUUCUCAGGGCCACCUCAACCUGAUGGUGCGAAUCAAGGAGUUACAGAGGAGGUUGGACCAAUCCAUAGGGAAGCCAUCUCUUUUUAUCACCGUCUCAGAAAAAAGCAAGGAUCGAGGGAAUAACACGAUUGGUGCCAGGCUGAACAGAGUGGAGGACAAGGUUACACAAAUGGACCAGAAACUGAACCUCAUUACAGAUAUGCUGCAUCAUCUGGUUUCCCGUCAGCAGGGGGAUCAAGGGAACAACAGAUCACCUCAGAGAGGCAACAAUGUCAAUUCGGAUCUUUUCCUCCCUAAUAACACUCUGCCAACCUACGAGCAACUCACAGUACCGAGAAUAAACGAAGAUGAUAUAUCCUGA